AUGACCUGCGUCGGCGGGCCGGCGGGAGGAGGAGCGUCAGAGGGGAUGCGUCCCGGGGUGAGUGGAGGGGAGGUGGCUGGUGAAGGGGACGCGGAGGAGACGUUGGGAAACUUAGACAAGCCUGCCGGGGCUGCUGCUGCUGCUGCUGGUGCUGCUGUGCAAGAGUCGAGCGGGGAGGAGCAGAUUCAGCGCAUGCUGGCUGGGCUGUCGCACCUCGCACGCUUCCUGCGACUGCAGCACGCACAGCAGCAGGAGGCAGAGGCAGAGGCAGAGGCGGGGGCGGAGGCAGAGGGAGGGGAAGCAGUGUUAUCAGGCCAUGUAAUGGCGAUGGCGCAAAUGGGAGGAGGCAGCGAGGACGAGCGGCAGCAGCUCAUGGCUCUUCUGCAGGCGCUCAAGCAGGAGGAGGAGCAGCCGCAGCAGCUGUCACAGCAACCGAGGUGUAAGCAGCAGCAGCAGAAGAAGAAGCAGAGGGAGAAAGCGGAGGAGAAGGAGGAGAAGCUGAAGGAGAAGCAGAAGGAGAAGCAGAAGCAGAGGGAGAAGGAGGAGGAGAAGGAGGAGAAGCUGAAGGAGAAGCACAAGGAGAAGGAGAAGCACAAGGAGAAGGAGAAGCAGGAGCAGAGCCUAUGCAAGCGGAGGAAGGGGCAGAGGGCGGUGAGUCAAGAGCAGCCACAGGUUCAGGAGGAGCAGCAGCGGCAGGAGCAGCAGGAUCAGCAGCAGCAGCAGCAACAGCAGCGACAGCAGUUGGAGGGACGGGAAAAGGAGCAGUGGCUGUCAGCUUUCGCGGCUCUUCCGGAUGUCGGAAGAUCGACGAAGCAAGUGGAAUCCGCCCUCGCUUCCACGUUUGCUCCCAGAUACGGUCCAGAUGGCGCUCUGCGAUUGGCUCAUGGCGGACGAGGCGGGUGGGGGCACAUGGGGGGGCGCCGUGGGGAGAGGAGCGGCAGUGGCUGUGGCAGCGGUGGCGGUGGCAGCAGUGACCCUGCAUUUGCUGUGCGUGGCAUUAGCGCCAAACCCAGCAGUGCUAUGAGUAAUGGAAUCUGCAAAAGCAACGUGAAAGUGGAAGCGCAUGGCAUCAGCGGGAGCGUUUUCAACAGCACCGGCACCAACUCAGCGAGCGAUGCCGGAAAGAAGAGGAAAAGCCCAAGCCCAGGGGGCCCCUCUGGCCGUGCUACAGCCGCUCACACACCGCAGCAGCACGCCAGGCACACCCCCCGUGCCUGCUACAGCCAAAGUACGCUUGGGCUGGCCAGCGCUUCAUUUGUUCAGCCGAACCUAGAGGAACCCUCAUAUCCCCAGGGGAUACGGGCGUCUAUCCUCGGCGCUGCCAUGGUUGUUGACCCUCAUAUCCCGGUGCCACAUGUGAGGUUCAACCAGAGUGGUGCGCUGGAGGGCAUGUGCUUCAGGGAGCAUGUCAACAUGACUCUAAAGUCGACUCGAAAUUCGCCCCGGGAUGAACGCGUGCAGAGAUACGAGAGCGAGACCUACGGCCGCGCAUGCGACGCGCACGAGGAGUGGUGCAGUGAUGAUGCUUUGGAUGAUCCCAAGGGCCACAUGCAGCAUGAAGAGUGCGGCACCUUGCAAGACGAGUGCGGAACGGACGACGAGUGGUUGCCUCGGUGCCAGGGCAUCCGGAGUGCUUCGGCGCCGAACCAGAAGAUCAAGCGACGCAGCAUGGCGGAGCGGCGGAGGAGGGAGAGGAUCAGCGAGAAACUGCAGAGGCUGAGGGCGAAGGUGCGGGGGCGAGGGGACACAUGUGCUAUGCUGGAUAGAGCAGUGGGGUAUGUAGAUGCUCUGGAGAAACGAGUGGUGGAGUUAGAGAGGGUUAUCAUGACAGCUGCUGGUCUGGGAGAAAUGUUUUCCCCGGUAAAACGUGUGGCGGUGUUGGAUUUGCUGGGAAUGCUUUUGCUGCUGAUGCCGCGGCGCUGA